GCACGCCGCACGAGGGAGUCAGGGAGGAGGGCAUUGAGAUGGGACGAGAUUCUUCAAUUUGGAACAGGAAGGCGACCCACAUGGGAAACAGUGAAUGGCCAAUGCAGCCGAGUGAUCCAGAGUGUCCAGGUAGGGCCGCAGGAGCGUUUGUGGUGAGACGACGGUCGCGACCUACCCCUUUUUCUACCAUCUAUCCAUACUUGGACUUUUGUACCCAAUGAUCCAUAUCGUUUCUGACUUUUUUUUCAUCGUCCAUUCGUACCUAGUCCACUGCUGUUUGGCAAAUGGCUGGCAGGCGGGGACUGGGAGACUUGGAGUUGCAUCCCAACCACUCGAUCAAACAGCUUCGGGGGUGAAACGGGGCGGUGCUGGUCGUUCAGUGCUUCACCCACUUCUUGGCCCGCCACUAGCCUAUGGCCCUAUGCUGACGAUGAUGGUAUCCGUACUAUUUACUUGGAGGUUCCUGAGGCUCUGCACCAAGAAGCCAAGUACACCUGACUGUUCUGCAGCUCAAACGGGGUGAGAUGCCGUCUUCUCUUGAUUCUUUUAGCCGACAAGCAGGAGGCCUACAGAUUGGAUCAAGAGACGGG